AUGGCAUUCCGUGCCCUGCUCUUGGCCCUGGCGGUGCCGGCGAUGGCCUUUGUUGCCCCGGGCACCACGGCCCACCGCCCGGCUGCGGUGGGUCCAGGAAUCCAGGCCGAGCCGAUUGAGGUGGUGCAGGCACCGAGCGCCGCGUCCCUGCUGGCUGGCCUGAGCCUGGGCUACGCCACCGCAGCCUCGCUGGCCUUCAAGCGCCAGCGCACAGCGUUGGCUGCGGAGAAGGCUUCGGUGGCGAGGACGCCCGUGGCCUACCCCAUCUUCACCUUCCGAUGGUUGGCCGUCCAUGCGCUCGUGGUGCCCACGGUCUUCUUCCUGGGCGCCAUCAGCUCCAUGCAGUUCAUCCAGCGCUGA